CUUUUCCCUAUCCACAACACUCACUACCAAAAGAAGAAAAUAAAGAAGAAAAAAAAGAAAAAGAAAUGCUUUUCUCCGUGUUUCUCGCACUAUUCCUGCCCUGCGCCGGCAUGUCCGUGGUUCUAAUAGUGUACUUCUGCUUGCUCUGGUACGCCACCACCUGUCCGGAGGCCGCCGCCGCCGACGAUGCGGUGAAGUGCAACCAGCCGACCGGCCUCUCCGCCGCGCAGCUCGAGAAGCUUCCGAGCGUCACGGGGAAGGAUUUGGUCCUGGGCGAGGAUUGCGCGGUUUGCCUGGACGUCAUCCGGGCCGACGAACCGGUUCGGCUCGUCCCCGGCUGCAACCACGGUUUCCACGUGGAAUGCGCCGACACGUGGCUCGCCAAGCACCCGGUCUGCCCGAUUUGCAGAAGCGGGCUCGGCCCGGACCUAUUUGAUCCGCCCGAAACCAACCCAUGCUGAGCUAUGAACCGCGAAGUUGUCAGGUUAAAUUACCUGUACCGCUAGGGGUAAACUGGUAAUUUCCUCUUAUCAUCAGCUGAGAAAAUCUGAAAAUGGAUCUGGACUCGAGGGGAUGCCCAGGCCAGAAGUUAGAAACUUUAGAACACAUUUUUUUUGUUUAGUUUUUUAUUUUAAUUUUGUUUUAAAAAUAUGUUCAAAUUAGAUUUUUUUACUGUACGUAUUAGAUUCAUUUAAUGAUGAGUAUUCUGUUUAUGGAUGUCAUGCUACGUACCCCCGGCGUGAUGCACGGUCUUGUAUAUGAUCAAACAUGGCAAAUAAAAAACGCAACACUAUUUA